AUGCUGUCAAGUAAAACCCAAAAAACCAAGGCGUACUCCAACAAAUAUAAAGUUUGCUGUAGUAAACAAAGCAUAUCGGCAAACAACCAAAUUGUGUCAACACUCAAUAAAUAUGAAUUUUCCGUCAAUUUUGAAAUUAUCCAAGACAAAGAUUUAAAGCCAAUUGCAUCAGCGCUGCCUGGUCUUACGCAAAUUAAAAAAAUUGAAUUAAGUAAUAGUGAUAAGCAUAAAGCUGUGAUCCCUUAUUCAAAAUCAAGCCCAAAAGGAUCACGUACAGUUAGGACUGAUGCUCAGACAAGCAAUUUGGACCCUGAAAACCAUUCAACGUUCGCGAGCUCUAGAGAACGUGACGAAUUUGAGAAAAAAAGAAAAAUCAAAGGGAUCAAGAUUUUUAAAGCCAUUUCAGAGAAUUUGGAGCAUAAUAGGCACCUAACCACGCUUAUUUUUGAACAGAUUAAUAUAGAAUUUGAGGGCUGAAACUUGUUAGCUAGAGGCUUUAAUGCAAAAUUGCCUUUAAGCUAUAUAGAAAUCACGGACUGCAGGCUAAAGGACAAAGAUUUUGCCUGUUUUGCGCCUUCUCUGGUGAACCUAAAAUUUUUGAAUAUUUUGAUUUUAUCGAAAAAUGAGCUUGAGGACUGUGGGUUUGACCUUGCAAGGGUAAUAAGCAAAAAUAAUGAAAGAGUGGACGAGAUAGUUUGGCUUGCAGGGUUAAGAGGAGAGCAGCCAGAAAUGGGAGGAUCUGGAAAAGGCCUUGAAGAACUGAAUUUAUCUUAUAAUAAACUCAAAGAUAAAACUGUCUAUGAUUUAUCAAGUGCGCUGUAUCAUGAUAGUAUCAUAAAAGCGCUGGAUAUUUCUUAUAAUAGUAUUACUAUACAAGGGCUGCAAGAAAUAGUCAGCGCGUUAUAUACAAAUUCGACCUUAUUGUAUUUAGAUAUUUUUGGAAAUGGGAAAAGUAUCCCUAUAAGUUUUGCCAAGGUAAUUUUGAAAAAAUUAAAAAUUAAUUUGAGAAGAUUUAGGAGCAGGAGGAAUUAUUCAGGAGACUGAGAAAAAAGACUUAUAAAUAUAAAAAAUUCACUUGGGCCGAUUUUAUUGGCGUCAGAGCCUAUAAGUCCGAGAGAAACAGAGAGGAAAUUGAGGGUGAUAAAAAAAUCAGAAACCCAAGAAUCGAGAGAGAUCACUUGUGAGAGUCCUUAUGAUUUUGAAGAAAAAUCAGAAGAAGAGAUACUGAUGGAGCCGGAGUACUCAGAAAGCGAGUCUUCUUAUGUCCCAACAAAAAAAGGGCUACUAGGAUAUGAUCAUACCCCACUUCAUGAAUCCAGAAAAAAAUUGCCUGAGAGUUGUGAGAAAUGCAUAUUUUAUUACAUUAAUUAUCAUUCAUUAAAUUGUAACGACGCAUAUGGUCGUUAAAGCUCUUAAGGGCUCUUUAAUAACCAAUCCGUAAUCGUUUUUUGUUUGCACUGUGUAGCACUUAAUCGUUCUCCCUAGAAAUCCUGAGUCAUAAAUUAUCGGUAAAAUGUUGAUGGGAGAGCUGAAGCCAAAGUAGGUACCAUCCUUGCCAAAUCCCAGGAUUGGGAGAUCCUCUUCUUUCGCAGCCCUUAGAUUGGGGUAUGUUUUCGCUUAUUGCUCCACAUCUGCAAUAAAAAAAAUUAUUACAUUAAUUAUCGCUAUAAGCUAUAGACAAUUCCUAUUUCUCUAUAGAAAAUAGAAUAUCAAUAGCAGGUCUCGUAAUAUAGUUUCCCUUCUCUUUAUAAAGAAUUUGAAAAAGCUUUAUUUAAAUCAGAAAGCACCUGUCUUGCUUUAACUGAAAAAAUUAAAAAACUAGAAGCCCGAAUCGCUUUUUUAGAAGAAAAAGCAUCCCCAGUAGACUCUGAUAAAAGUUUAGACUUUUACCAAGAAGAAUCAAGCCCAAACACCUUAAGCCCUUCUCCAGAAAGUGAUAUAGAUACCUUAAGCAGGAUCAACAACAUGAUGAAAGAGCUCGGCAAACUUAUGGACGCCUUUGAAAGCCGAAAUCCAGGCAAAUCCAAAAAAUUGUUUAAUUUAUAG